AUGAGUUAUCACAAAAAAACUCCAUCUCUUGUACAUUUCAAUUUCUCGGUACCUUUCGAUCACAUGGUCGAGACCUACAAGAUAAAACUAUUAUCAAUUACGACACAUAAUGAAACAAGGGAACUAGAAGAAUCUAAAGAAUUCACGAAUUUACCGUUAAAAUAUAAUUUCGAGUCAAAGGGUAUUUACAAGCUGAGUUUCCAGUUUAAGAUAUGCGAUAUGUGGUUCAGCACUAUGGAAACUAUUAAACACGUCAAAAUAGAUGAUAGACCUCUCAAUAAAUACUAUGAUUCCAAUUCCAUAAUAUUCGCCAAUCUAUCGAUUUACAAUGCUAAACGAAGCUUACUCAUAAUGGUUUUUCCAAAAAGUUUAAAGGGUAAUUCGAAUAUCUGUCAAAAGUCGGUCAACUUCAAAGCCCUCACUCUCUACAGUGCAAGCAGAGGCAGAUUUAUUAGGUAUUCAAAAUGCUAUGAAACCACUGACAGGGCCUUAAAAUCUGCCUGCAUCCCAUCAACCCUCGAACCUACUGACCUUUACAAUUCCGAUGGUAAGCGGCCUGAUUGUUCGACUAUGAUCCCUUGA